AUGGUUCUUUCUGCUUUGUCUCGCACUUGUAAACACGAUGUCUUUCCUAGCUUCCACGGGAAAGAUGUCCGUAGAGGUUUUCUCAGUUGUUUACUGAAGGAGUUCAAAGAGAAAGCAAUCGACGUCUUCAUAGACAAUGACAUAGAGAGGAGCAAAUUGAUUGGUUCCGAGCUCAAAGAAGCUAUAAGAGGAUCCGUAAUUGCAAUUGUCUUGAUCUCGAGGAACUACGCUUCAUCAACGUGGUGUCUGAACGAGUUGGUGGAGAUCAUGAGGUGUAGGGAUGAACAUAAGCAGACGGUGGGGGUGAUUUUCUAUGAAGUGGAUCCAUCUGACGUGAAAAAGCAGAAGGGAGACUUCGGAGCUGUCUUUGAUAAAACUUGCGUAGAGAAAUCAACCGAGGAAGUUGAGAGAUGGAGACAAGCUUUGCAGAUUGUGGCUCAACUCGCUGGUUACGAUACAAGUUACUAUGAUGAUGAUGCAGCCAUGAUUGAAAAAAUUGUUACCGAUGUAUCGAACAAGUUAAAUGGUUCUACAACAUCAAAUGAUUCCGACAGCUUAGUUGGGAUUGAAACUCAUAUCAGGAAAAUGGAGUCAUUGUUGUCCUUAAAAUCCGAUGAAGUCCGGAUGGUUGGUAUCUGGGGUCCUGCUGGAAUCGGUAAGACGACCAUCGCCAGAGCUUUAUAUGGAGAGCUCUCUAGUAAGUUUGCACAUGCUGCUUUUAUUGAAAGUAUCAAAGGAAAGUUUGAGCAAAACUAUCGAGACGCGCACGCCUUCAAGUUACAUUUACAAGAACAACUUUUGUGUAAGACCUUAAAUCUGAAAGAUCUAAAAGUAGAUCAUCUGGGAGUGGCAAAAGCAAGACUGGAGAACAAGAAAGUGCUUGUCGUUCUUGAUGAUGUGGAGGAGUUAAAGCAGCUAGAAGCCAUGACUGACCAAACUUGCUGGUUUGGGCUUCAAAGUAGGAUUAUCAUCACGACAGAGGAUAAAAAGCUUUUGGUAGGACAUGGGAUCAACCAUAUCUACCAAGUGAAAUUUCCAUCUAAAUCUGACGCUCUUAAAAUUCUCUGUCUGUCUGCUUUUCGUCAGAAGUCGCCGUCAUCUGGGUUUGAGGACAUGGCUGUAGAAGUUACACGGCUCGCCGGUAAUCUUCCUUUGGGUCUAAGUGUUUUUGGCGCAUAUCUGCGAGGAAUGUCCAAAGAUCAGUGGAUAAAUGCAUUGCCUCGACUUAGGACGAGUCUUGAUGGAAAGAUUGAGAAAGUAUUAAGGUUCAGCUAUGAUGCUUUAUGCGAGGAAGAUCAAGAAUUGUUUCUUCAUAUAGCAUGUUUUUUCAAAGGUGGGGGCGUUAGCCACGUGGUGGAGUGUCUUGCGGAAAGUCGUUUGAACGUCAACCACGGGCUCCAAGUGUUAUUCGAAAAAUGUUUCAUAUCUAUACACGAAUGGGGAUGGUUGGUGGUGCAUAAUUUGCUUGAGCAAUUGGCUAAAGAUAUUGUUCGUAAACAGUCGGUUUCUAAUCCUGGGAAGCGUCAGUUCUUGGUGGAUGCUCGGGAUAUUUGUAAUGUGCUCGAGGAAAAUGCUAUUUUGACUUAUCGGAGGUCAGGGAAGACUUAA